CUUUGGUUUUCUUAUGACAAUAUCAAUGGCUUCUUUGGCUUUGUCGAUGGUCUUGGCUUUGUCAAUGGCGGCCUUGGGGUGCAUAGCCGCUGUUGCCGAGGCUCGAGCUUUCUUCAUUUUCGGGGAUUCACUUGUCGACAGCGGCAACAAUAACUACCUUGAAACCACGGCUCGUGCUGAUUCGCCACCUUACGGCAUCGAUUAUCCGACGGGAAGACCCACAGGGCGUUUCUCUAAUGGCCUUAACAUCCCAGACCUGAUUGGUAAGCAAAUCGGUUUAUCAGAAUCACCAUUGCCAUAUUUGAGCCCAGAUUUUAAUGGGAAAAAGCUGCUUGUUGGUGCCAACUUUGCUUCAGCUGGUGUGGGAAUACUUAAUGACACUGGAGUCCAAUUUGUAAAUAUACUGAGAAUGUACAGACAGUUGGAGUUAUUUCAAGAAUACAAGCGAAGAUUAUCGACUCUGGUCGGAUCGAAGCAAGCUCAUCGACUCGUAAGCCAAGCACUCGUCUUGAUCACCGUCGGCGGUAACGAUUUCGUCAAUAACUAUUACUUGGUCCCCUUCUCUGCGAGAUCCAGACAAUACAGUUUGCCUGAUUAUGUCAAGUUCCUCAUUUCCGAGUACCAAAACCUCUUGAUGAAACUAUACAAACUGGGAGCACGAAGGGUACUUGUGACGGGCACCGGACCGUUGGGAUGUGUCCCGGCCGAACUGGCGAUGAGAGGUAACAAUGGCGGAUGCUCGCAAGAACUACUACGAGCAGCUUCCUUGUACAAUCCACAGCUUGUUGAAAUGAUAAAUGGACUCAAUGCUGAUAUUGGCAAAGAUGUUUUCAUUAGUGCAAAUACUCAAAGAAUGCACAAUGAUUUUGUUUCGGACCCCCAAGCCUUUGGAUUUACGACAUCGGAAAUAGCAUGUUGUGGGCAAGGACCUUACAAUGGACUAGGUUUAUGCACUCAGUUAUCGAACUUAUGUCCGAACAGAGAUGUGUAUGCGUUUUGGGAUCCGUUUCAUCCAUCGGAGAAGGCUAACAGAUUGAUUGUGGAGCAGAUAAUGAACGGCUCUAAUCAUUACAUGCACCCCAUGAAUCUCAGCACUGUCAUGGCCUUUGAUUCCAGAAUUUGAACAUUAAAUCUCUUUUUUCUUCUUCUAGAAAAUGUUUAGGGUGUUCUUCAAUAAUUUGUUUCUUCAACUGUCGUGUGUUUCAACUUGUUUAAUUGUUUUGGCUUUUGUCUUGAAUGUGAUGGAAUUUAGUAGAUUGUGAUGUUGGAAUUAGACAUACCUUUGUAAUGAAUUUAUGAUUAAAAUUAG